GUAAUACUCAUAUUUCCAAUAUUUCCUCAUGUUUAUAUUCUCUGUAAAGAUUUUUAUAGAUUUCUACAAACUAAUGCUCACACUUAAAAUAGUAAUAGGGUCUGCUUUGCUCACAAAGAUUUUUUUUACUGACUUCACAUGAACUUUACCCAUAAAACAUACCAAUUUGUAGUUAAGGUUUUGAAUCUAGGACUUAAUCUUGUACUUUUACAGUGAUACUUUCAUUUUGGGGGUGAAUAUUCUUCUGCAGCAGAUUUUAAAAUUCACACUCUGUCAGCAGCCGUUUAUUUUCAGACAACUGUUUUACAGGAAAUCUAGAGGUUUUUGCCGAGCAGUUCCAUAAUUUCAACAAAAAGGGAACUUCUGUGUUGCGUAUGUCUAAAGCGAUCUAGACCAACUACGCGACUUGACUCACAACACAGACCUUGACCCACAGCGCAGGAGCUCUGUUUGGUAAGUCAAACUGACCUUCACUGUGACAGGAAACUGUUUGACUUGGCUGAUAUCUUAUUUUACAGCUUUUACUGGAAUGUAGUGUCAUUUUUAUAGCUUUUCAUUGGCUUUAUUUCCAUGAAAUACCAUCUUUUACAUUUUAAGCUUUAUUCAAAUCUCUCUUUAUGAGCUGAAUGGGAUGUUUCAUCAACAUCAAGGCCCUUUGUAUGAAAGUCAUAAGAGAUGACUGAAAUAUCUUCUAAAAAGUAAUCACAAAUUGCAUUAUUGUUAAAACUAAACCAUGCACUCAUUAGGCUUUGUUCUCUAACGGUCUUGCAGAUCAUGUCUGUCAACAUCACUUGUGUCCCUGGAAAUAACUCAACAGCAUGUCGCACCCAUGCCUCCUCUGCAGGCCUGGCUGCAGGUCUAACAGUCUUUUUCUUAGUUCUGGUGAUCGCUGCUUGUUGGGUCAUAUACAAAUUCCGCAGCAAAAUCAGGAAUAUCAUACCCUUGGAACGCAGAAGAAGUGUGAAAAAGGAGGAAUAUAUAGAGACACCACAAGCUGAUUCACACCCAUACACCUCUACGGCCACAGAUCAGCCAACAGGACAGACGCCAAUUUAUGAAAACCUGGGAACUAGAGCCAAGAAGCCAUCAAAACCAAGCAGGUAAGCUUUACUUUUUAAAGUCAUACUUUUACAGGGUGCUUCUGUCUUUGCAAGUGUUAUAUUUUAAGACUGAAUAUGAGGAAAUGACAAAACUGAGAUGCAGUUUAUGAAAGUGCAACAUCCCAAAAAGGGGCCAAAACGGGAUGAAGAAAUGUGGUGGUUAAUGUUGUGUAUUUCCCCUUUUUGCAUCAUUCUGCUUUGUUCGAACUGAACACAAUUUGGGUUUUGUCUGGAGGAGAUCUUUUCUUCUGCUGAUCCCUGAAAUUUAGAGCCAAUUCAUGAAACGUGCCAGCUAAUGACUCAGGGUGGAGUUUUCUCCUCUCAGCAAGACCAGAAAUUCACAUGGUUUACACAGUAUUUGUCUCAUGUUGUGAUAAUCCUCUAUGACACAAGAAUGCUCUCUUACACUCAUUUGUCGGCAGGUCGUCCAGAGAACCUGAGGAGGAUUUGUACCUGCAGUGUGAUAUACCAGAUGACGUAAUAUACAGCAAUGAUCCGGCCUGUAACCUCUCCCUUAUGCCGGACCCUCAAGAAGACGACGUUUAUAUCAUGCCAGAUGUAGAAUAGGACACUUCUCCAUUUCCUUCAUGUGAACUUUCACUCCUUGUACUGUGCAGCUCAGGGUGUAAAUGUACAUUACUAUUGAGGCAACAAUGCUGCCUUUAAAAGUAUGGAGUAUAAAAUAUUUUAUGGUACUUUUUUUAUUUUUUUACAUAAUAUGAUAUGUUGGGUGUGGUAUGUUAAAAAAAAUGUUUUUUUGUUUUCUUUUGUCUUGAACAUGAUAAAUUGUUGCCCUUUGUUUUCACCACAGUCAUGAUGAGACACAAAACCUUGACAUAGUUUACAUCUUUACAGAUCACCGUGGAUAUGUCUGAAGUUUGUGAUGAAUCACUGUCAGUGUUGAAAUUUGCAGAGGAAAUGAUGAACAAUCUAUUAACAGUCGUGUGACGAAGACACAGUUUUUUAAUAGCAAGGUUGCAUUUGACUUUUAGAUUUAGAAAUGUUAAAGCAGUACAACAUCUCGAUGGCUCAUGGGCAUGUAGAGGUAUUUAUGAUGUUAUCUUUUUUAGCAAUUGUUUUCACUCACAGGUCUGUCUGUUGUGAUAUCUGAAAUUUGAUCAGCUAGUAGCUCCAAAGACUCAUCACUGACGCACAACGAUUUCCCUGAAAUUAUUUUGUUUGGGCAUCAAUGCUUAUUUUGCUGUGUACAGUCACUAUGACAAUACAUGAUUUCUUGCCAUCAGGAGCCAUUAUUUUAAAACAUUGUAUAAUUUUACUCAAUUUCAGCUAGUAAAAGCAACGUCAAAACAAAUAAAACAGUCUCUAAGAACAAUUUGGAGUUUUGUUCUAGCUUUGCAACUAUGAGGGUUUCUCAAAUUUCUGUCUGAAGUGUCUUAUUAAAGUUUUAAAAAUGUGAUGAUCUGCUUUUUUCAGUUUCCUGUGCUUGAAAUUGCUAAAACGUGGCAUGUAUGCACCGAAACAUUAACAACUUGAGGUGCCAGACAUGUAGAUAAUGCAAACAUCAGCAUCACUGUUUGGGUUUGUGGUCUGUCAGUCUAUGAGAGGUGACUAAGAGGAUGUAAAAGCACACUCACACUCACACUCAGACUUUACACGCAGUCUUAACGGUCUUACAGUAACAGAAGAAUUUGACCGGUUGUGAGUUAGAAAUAUGACGUCUUUUCAUUUUUAUUUUUUUUACUGUCAUCUUGUAAAGUAUCUAAGUGAUUUGGAAUAAAAGAAGAGGUUAUUGAGUUCAUGCUUA